UGUUGGCCAAAAGCAGCGAUCGUUGUAACAGCACUAUUCUCUUACUUGUCUGAUAGCGGGCUUGCUUACGUGCUCUUGUAUGUCCCAGUAGUCAUUGGACGCCCUAUCAGAAUUAUAGCUAGUUGUUUCGCCCGAAUCCUGAGAUGCUGCUUAAGUAAAGCACUACACCCGACAGGAUUGAGAAACAACCGACUACGUCAAGGUCGAAGAAGAGACAUAGCUGAGUUACUUGCAAUUGUAACACUAGGAUGGGUUGCGCUUACAGCAAAAGGGUGUCAAGAGGUGGACAUAUACAGUCAUCGGUCAACGAUUUGCACUGAAACAGAGGCCAACCAAGUGUGCAAGGUGCGCUUGUCCGAGAUCUUAAAAAUAAAUCCGUUUAAACAGGAGGCUUGCUUCAAGUUAAUAAGGAAUGAUACAACAGUUCAUGAGAUACGCACCGUUCGGAAAAACCUUGUUCUGACGUGCGAAAAGGAAACGGAAACAUUCACUCGUGAUGUAAAACUCCGUGUCGUUAGCAAAGGAAGAUCGAGAUCAUAUUCCCUUUAUAUGCGCCCAAACGUACCUAUCAAGUUGAACGAGUUUGAGCUCACGCUUACCUCUAGCACCGUGCCACCUAUUCCACUUCUUAGUACAUGGUUUGUGACAAAUGGAGACGUAGCGGCGCUCUGGGAUAGCAAGAUCCAAUCACUAUUGCUAUGCCCUAAGAGAACGUCCGCGGAAAACCUCUGGUGUGACAUCAGUGACGAUUGUCAGUGUUAUCCUGCUGUGAUAAAAGUUAACUGCAGGUGCAAACAAGUAAAUAUUUCAGCGUGGUUUACGAGCUUGCAAUAUCAUCUACCAAUAACCACACCUUCCGCAAUAUUUCGGAAGCGCAGAUGGGAAAUCACACUAUCAUCAGAGGACGAACUAGAAACCACCAUAGUUGUUCAGGACAAUGUGUGUAACAUAGAGGACACAGAAUUGUCAGGGAGCUACAAUUGCACAAAGGGGGCUAUAGCUCAGAUCGCAGAAACAACAUGCGACAGCUCAAGCUUCACUGUUCUGUGCGAUGAGAAAGGCAUUGCAUCAAGUCUGAGGUUUAACCUUAACAGAGCGAUAAUCUUUCUGAAGUGUUCCGUCUCUUGUGGAAAGAAUAUUUCUAGUUUUGAACUUAGCGGAAUAUUGAAAUUCGCGCAUACCACUCACGGUUUACUGAGCGCACUAAUAAAGAGAACGGGGAGGACAGCUCAAACCUACAGUGGCCUGAUUUUUCGACGUAUUCACUCACUGCUACAAAAUGGUCGUUUCGGCAAUUUUCUUGGUCGGGAUAUUGGUUCUCGAUGCUCCGAUCCUUUCGAUUUCAGCAGACCUAAUACCGAAGGAAACCUCCUCAAUCUCGUCAUCUUACUUCACGAUCCAGAUCCGACGGAGCGACACGUGGAAAAAGACCUAGAGACAGUCCUCAAUGCAUUCCACGAUGAAAUUGGCAGGGCAAGAGCAAUUAGAACCCAGUGGCAAUGUUUGAGCGUUGACGGUUCAUUUCUUGAAACGUCCCCGACUCAAAAGCUUGUAGACGUUAGUAGAUGUCUAUACACUGCGUUAGUCAGUAGGGAGACCAUUCUUCGAAUGGGAACUCGAUACGUCCUCUCGGACCUCAUCUAUCAUCACCAGGUUCAACGGGGGAGGCUCUCGCAGGGAAGGAGAGAUGAGUGGUUACGUGCGGCACAUGAGCAUGAUGUUCGCAGCAAACAAGUGUCGGCGUUAACAGAAGAAUAUGCACGGCGCAUGGAGACGACUAUCAUAGAGAUGAGGACACUAGAAGAAGAUGCAGAAGAGUCACUGUGCGGGAUCAGGAAAAUCGGGACUCCUACGUGGUUUACGACCUUCCUCGAGAAGCUGAGCAUAAGAACGAAGAUCUCGGGUCGGAUCCGGAGUCCAAAUAUC